AUGCUUGAAGCUCGCCUCCAACAAGCUAAGCUCUUGAAAUCGCUUCUUGAAGCCGUCAAAGAACUUGUCACCGAAUGUAACUUUGAAUGCAACGAUUCCGGUAUCGAACUCCAAGCUAUGGACAACUCUCACGUCGCCCUUGUGUCCAUGUUGCUCCGUUCCGAUGGUUUUGACCCCUACCGCUGCGAUCGCAAUCUUCCCUUGGGUAUCAAUCUCACCAGCUUGAACAAGAUUCUCAAGUGUGCUCGCAACGACGACAUUCUCACCCUCAAGGCCGACGACGGCGGCGACGUGCUCAGCAUGGUCUUUGAAAGCAAAGACAGCGACAAGAUCAGUGAAUAUGAUUUGAAACUGAUGGAUAUCGACAGCGAACAUUUGGGUAUUCCCGACACCACCUAUGAUGCGGUGGUCCAUAUGUCCUCGGUUCGUUUCCUCGAAAUCUGCCGUGAUUUGCAAAUGAUCAGUGAUUCAGUGUUGGUGGAGUGCACAAAGGAAGGUAUCAAAUUCUCCAGUGAAGGUGAAGUGGGUAAAGGUGCCGUCACAUUGAAGGCCAACGGUUCCGUCGAUAAUGAGGAAGAAGCGACAGUGAUUGAACUCCAGCAAAGUGUGUCCAUGUCCUUCUCUGUCAAGUACCUUGUCAGUUUCACAAAAGCCACUCCUUUGUCCAGCCGUGUCAGCUUAAACCUUUCAAGUGAAGUGCCUUUGCUUGUCGAAUACAAGCUUGACAAUCUCGGUUAUGUCAGAUACUACUUGGCACCCAAGAUUGGCGAAGAAGAUUAA